AUGGCAAUUUCAAUAGCAGAUUUAUAUAUAAGAUUCGAGACAUUACUUUAUUUGGUAUUGGCUAUUGGUGGAUUUGCGGCCCCAGGUUCAAUGUUGCAAAUGUUUAAUGUAGACUUGACAGCAACAACAACAGAGCCACAAGGAAUAGAUUUAAUAGAAGGACAUCAAUAUGUAUCACCAUUGACAGCUCUAACAGGACUCGCUCAAAUGUAUACCUAUUUGAUGGCUAUUGUCAGUCUUCAACAAUGUGUCACACUCUUUUUAGCCAUCAAGUCACAAGCAUCUGCAACAAAGACACAUCUUGUUAGAAUGAAUAUACUAUUGAACGUGUUUUUAAUCGUUUACAAUGGUUGGAUCAUUUCAACUCAAUCUGCUCUCUAUUCGAUCGAUGGUCUCUACUACUUUAAGAUUUCAUUUGGUGUUUACAUUGUAGAUUUCCUCAUCCUCCUCUUUUUAACUGAAAUUCAACCUUUUAUCUUUAAGAAAUCUUCUUCUUCUUCAACUACUCCUGGUUCAACAAAGACUAGUAAAAAGAAUAAAUAA